AUGGAUUCUGAGUCGGCAAAAACUGCUAGUGAAAUCAUCGAUCGACUAAAAAGCCAAGGACUUUUCGAUAGGAUUCGGAAACAAUGUCUGGAGGAUAUCGAUAUUGACGAGAAUUAUCGUCGUUUGGAGAGUCAGGCCGCUUCGUUUGUGUCAGAUUUUUUACGGGGUCGUGUGAAACCACCUACCUCUGAAAAAUUGAAACUACGUGAACGGCUUCGUAAUGAAUUGAUGAGAACACAGAUGCUAACCGCUGGUGUCGAUCUGAUCGUCAAAAAUGCCGUCAAAUCGAAAUUGCCGCGUAAUUUUCAAGAUCAACUCCGGGCGGUUGUUUGUGAAUCGCUCGGGGUUGCGGGUCCCUCAACAAAUUCUCAGGUCGGUGAGAAUGACGUGGAUGAACUGGCUCAAGGCGAUGAUGCAAUGGAUAUUGAAUCUACAAAUUCGCUCAGUCCUGUGGAUGCUGAAACUUCGAGUCCUAUUUUGAACAAUCAGUUGUAUACGCAGACAAGCUUGCAGCGUGAUCCGGUCAUAAAUGAAGGCCAGGCUGCUUCGGCCACACACGUGAUAUGGAAUGGCGUCCAGCUGGAAUUGGACGAUGUCUCAGACGAGGAUGAGAUAGCGGCGAACAAACAGCCGCGUGAUACAUGCAACCACAGUGCACGAGAUCCGCAUCACCACUACCAGCAAUACUACCAUGGGCAUCAUCGCUCGGAUAAUCAAGCACGCUAUCCACAUUCUCCCCUCUCCACUUCUCCCGUUUCGGACGGUUCAUCUCCGAAGCUUGGGGAUACAACAGGUCCAUCCAAAUUGAAGGAAUACUUCAUGGCUCAUCGACAUCAAGGUGGGCGGCAGCCUUCGGAACAUCCGAGACGUAGUUCUCGGGAUCUGGACAUUCCGCACCGACUGCAUCGGGAUUCCGAAGCGUACAAUCCUGCACCGUUUACCCGGUACGACUCAGGGUCUUCAUCAGAAGAGGCUUAUGUUCCUGGAGCGACAGAUGUGCCUGAGUUUAUGCUUCAGGCCCCUCAUUCAUCUACAACUCGUGGCCCACGUCGUUCAGCCUAUCCGCAAGGGGGAAACUCACCCAUUCUUCGUUCGCCUAAACUGCGUCCCUCUGGACGUCUGUUUAGAGAGCAUCGAUCCGAUUAUUGUGAUCCACAGGCAUUGCAACAACCAAUGACUGUUUCACGUCAUAGCGGUUCACGACAUCGUAAUUCCACCAGUGAAUCCAGUAGAAGUCCGGAUCCUCCAAUUAACCGGAAACGUAAGUUCCCUGAUGACAGCAUGCCGUUUACAGUCUCGAUUGUGUCAAAUUACUUCCCAGGGAAAAUGGCGAUUUCCUAA